CUGCGGGGUGGGCGAUGGGGCGAGCUGUGGGGCUGCUGGGGGGCUGCUUUCCCCUGCCCAUCCCCAUCCUCCUGCUGUGCCACGCCUGGGCGCUGCCCGCCCGGGAUGCUCCGCAGCAGCAGCCGCUGCUGCCCGCCCGCCUGCCCGCCCCCCCGGGGCACCUCGCCCUCCGCCUGGCAGCCUUCGGCAGAGCCCUGAUCCUCCGCCUCCGCCCCGACACCGCUUUCCUCUCCCCUCGGCUCCGCAUCCAGCGCUCGCCGAGCCGCGGGGAUGCGGGACCGGGAGCGCCGCGCCGGGGAUGCUUUUACAGCGGAGCCGUCGAGGGGAGCCCCGGUUCCCACGCCGUCCUCAGCCGCUGCGGGGAGGGAGGAGGUUUCAGAGCGGCUUUUCUCCUCGACGGGGAGGCUUACGAGCUGCAGCCGCUCGGAGAGCGCUGGUUCGGGGCGCCCCGGCACCGCCCGCACCGCCUCCAGCGCCGGUCCGCCCCGCCGCCCGCCCCGCGGCUCCUCGCGCGGCCGCGCUACGUGGAGACGCUGCUGGUGGCCGAUGCCUCCAUGGUGCGCUUCUACGGGGAGGACGUGGAGAACCACGUCCUGACCCUGAUGUCCAUGGCAGCUCGCAUCUACAAGCACCCUAGCCUGAAGAACUCCAUCAACCUGGUGGUGGUGAAGGUGCUGGUGGUGGACGACGAGGCAGAGGGGCCAGAGGUGUCUGACAACGGUGGGCUCACUUUGCGCAACUUCUGUAGCUGGCAGCAAAAGUUCAACCCCCUGAGCGACCGGCACCCAGAGCACUACGACACUGCCAUCCUGCUGACGAGACAGGACUUCUGUGGACACCAAAGCUGUGACACGCUGGGAGUGGCGGAUAUCGGCACCAUGUGCGACCGUAACAAAAGCUGCUCGGUGAUUGAGGACGAGGGCCUGCAGGCAGCCUACACCCUGGCUCACGAACUGGGCCACGUGCUCAGCAUGCCCCACGAUGACUCCAAGACCUGCGAGCGGCUCUUUGGGCCCCUUGGCAAGCACCAUAUGAUGGCUCCUCUUUUCGUCCACUUGAAUAAGACCCAGCCCUGGUCCCCUUGCAGUGCCAUGUACCUCACGGAGUUCCUGGAUGGAGGGCACGGCGACUGCUUGCUCGAUGCCCCGGCCGAUCCCCUCACCCUCCCUGCCGAGCUGCCCGGCCAAGAAGCCCUCUACAGCCUGGACCAGCAAUGCCAGCAGAUCUUCGGCAAGGACUUCCAGCACUGCCCCAACACCACGGAGGAGGACAUGUGCGCCCAGCUCUGGUGCAGGACCAGCAGCGGGGAGCCCCUUUGCCACACCAAGAACGGCAGCUUGCCGUGGGCUGACGGCACCCCUUGCAAAGCCGGUGGGCUGUGCUGGGACGGCCGCUGCGUCCCACGGGACACCCUGAAACCCCAGCCGGCGGUGGACGGCGGCUGGGGCUCGUGGAGCCCCUGGGGCUCCUGCUCCCGCACCUGCGGCGGCGGCGUGCAGUUCUCCUACCGCCACUGCGACAGCCCCAAGCCCCAGCACGGCGGCAAGUACUGCGAGGGCCAGCGAGCCAAGUACCAGUCCUGCCACACCGACGAGUGCCCGCCCGAUGGGAAAAGCUUUCGGGAGCAGCAGUGUGAGAAGUACAACAGCUACAACUUUACGGAUCUGGAAGGGAAUCGCCUUGAGUGGGUUCCCAAGUACGCGGGAGUGUCACCCCGAGACCGAUGCAAGCUUUUCUGCCGAGCCAGAGGGAGGAGUGAAUUUAAAGUCUUCGAGGCCAAAGUGAUCGAUGGGACGCUGUGUGGACCAGAGACCCUCUCCAUCUGUGUCCACGGGCAGUGCGUCAAAGCUGGCUGCGAUCACGUAGUCGGGUCCUCCAAGAAGCUGGACAAGUGUGGGGUGUGCGGCGGCAACGGCUCUACCUGCAGGAAAAUAUCUGGCUCGCUCAACCGAUCCAAAUAUGGGUACAAUGACAUUGUCACCAUCCCUGCUGGGGCAACCAACAUUGACAUCAAACAGCGCAGCCACCGAGGGGUCCGUCACGACGGGAAUUACCUGGCUCUGAGGACCCUUGAGGGCAAGUACCUGCUGAACGGAGACUUUGCCAUCUCGGCUAUGGAGCAGGACAUCCUCAUUAAGGGGACCAUCCUGAAAUACAGCGGCUCCAUGACGACCUUGGAGAGGCUGCAGAGCUUCCGACAGCUCCCAGAGCCCCUGACCGUCCAGCUGCUGACCAUUGCCAGUGAGAUCUACCCACCAAAAGUCAAGUACACCUUCUUCAUCCCCAAGGAUGUCCCUUUUAGCAAGCAGAAAGGCAAAGAGAAGAAGUCAGCCAACAUCAUCCAACCAAUGCUGACUUCCCAGUGGGUCUUGGGCGACUGGUCCGAGUGCUCCAAGACAUGUGGCUCCGGCUGGCAGAGGCGGACGGUGGAUUGCCGGGACAUGGAGGGUCAAACCUCCUCUGCUUGCGACAGAACCCUCAAGCCCGAGGACAUCAAGCCCUGUGGAGACAUCCCUUGCCCUCUCUGGCGCCUGGGUCCCUGGUCCCCCUGCUCCCAAACUUGCGGUGAGGGGGUGCGGACACGCAAUGCCUCUUGCAUUGAUUAUGCUGGCAAAAUCACCUCCCCAGAGAAAUGCAGCUCACCGGGGCCACCAACGGCCACCACCGCCUGCGUGCUGCGACAGUGCUGAGCUGGGACGGGACAGGCUCGGCAGCGACGCACCACGCCGGCAACGCCAGGGCAGAGGAUGCUGUGGGCUUGCUUGCCAGAUGAAUAACCACUCUCCAGCGGUUCAUCCCCACCCCAUCGAUGUCUACCUCAGAGGGGGGCAUUAACAGCAGCAAAAAGGGGAGGAAUCACUUCUUUUCCUUUCUUUCUUCCUUUCUUUCUGGCUGGCAGCUCACAGGCAGGUUGUAAUUUAAGGGGAAAAAUAAGAGUAUCUGUAGGGUGUUUCCAAAGAGUUGUUGUUAAACGUAGUCGCAGGCUCUGUUUGUAAUAUUUGCUGGAAAAAAUGCGGAGCUGCCUUUGCCACCGCUGCAUCCCAGCCGCAGGUCGAGGAGGUCCAGGGUUGGGUGGCUUUGCUGAUAAAAUUGAGAUCCCUUUGCAAAAGGCUUGGAUCAGGUUGCCGUCCCCUCCCUGCCGCGGUGUGGGUGUCCUUGAGCACGAGGAGCGCUUUAUCGGCUCUGGGUUUAGCUUGGAAGAUAAUUUGCUCCUUUGGCUGGGAGCGGGACGGAACUGAGGGCUGGAUCCUGGCACACGUUGGGAUCACAGCGAGACGGUCACGGUGGUUUCUGCCAGAUUGAUAAUCGACGAGGUGAAAAACCUCUACCUCCAAACACCCCCAGCAUCUGCAGAGUUAUUCCCAGGGCUCCAACCCCAUGCCUUGGUUUCCCCAGCUAUAAAACCGAGGCUUAAUUACACCUGAUCUGGCUUCCAGAGCUGCUGUGAAGUUUAAUUAAUUGCUAAUUCUGUAGUGCUCUGCCUGCAAAGUGGCUACUACGAUACCCCGUGCCCCCUCUGGAGCGGGCACAUGGAUGUGCCAGCCUUUCCUCUCCCAUCCUUGGCUUUCCUGUGUGCUCAUUUUAUCAGCUCUGCUUUAAUUUCGGGGGUAAUUUGGCUUGCAGCCUCUGCAGAUGCUGAGCUUCUCCCCAGCCCACGAUGGUGUCCCGGGCAACUUUUUGCCUGUGUUUUCCUGGAAUACAUGAAGAUGCUUGGACCUGAUGCUGGGCUUCAGCCUUGCCUGAGCAAUUCUCGGUCUUAAACAGAGCCUGGCAAGGCUGGAGCUCUUCCUUCCCAGCGGGGAACAGCCAGGGCGCCUCUCCGCAGCCCGGUCGCUCUCGGCCCCAGUGCAGAUGGCUGCUCAGGCCCUGAACUUUCCCCCUUUCGAAGCGAUCACCAUCCAUGUCCUGGCAGCACCCGGUGCCUGGGGAGCAGGGAUGGAAUUUGGGAAGGUUUUGCUCUCGCUGAAUGAGCGAUUUGGCUUUUCCAGGUGCCUCUUGAUGCCCCUUUGCUGCUCCCCUGGGGAUGACUCUACCCUGCCUUAGGUCCCCUUUUGGCAGCAAUACAUUGAAUUUCCAAUGGGAGCAGCCUGUUUCUCAUAGGAAGGGGAGAAGAGCUGGAGGAGGACAACUCGGAUUUGUGUUGUCUGAGCUUCCCUGUUUGCAAUUGCAGAGCAAACCCUUUUCGUUUUCUCUCUUGCCAGAGCUAAGCUCCCAUGAGACGCUUUUCUCGCUAGCCAGGUGGGUCUGGGGGUGAGUUGCCUCCCAAAACUGUGCCAGAAACCCCAAGAUACUCAGCUUUUAUCUCCUGUAGGCAAUUCCUAUUGAAACCAAAGGGGCUACAGCCAAGGUCUGAGGAUACCGAGGGCCUGGCUCCUUUUAUUUAGGAAAGGAAAAACAUAAAGGCCAGCUGCAGAGUUUGGAUGUAGAGCUGCUUGGGCUGUGGUUCAGACCUACCUUCGGGCAAUGUUCGGCGUCUGCUAAUUAAUCUCCAGGAAUUUAAGCCCUCUCUCGCUCUAACAAAUAGCUGGAUGCUAUAGUCAUGUAGCCUUGCAGGGUUAUUUUCUUUUUCCUCUUUGAGUCUGCGAGGGUUUUCACUCAAAGGCCAGCGCGUGUUUCCUCUCCAGCAUUUUAAGCAGCAUUUAGGAUGGGUCAGAAAUCUCACCCGGAGACAGUGCCAAGGAAAACGUCUGUAUUUAUCACACAGGAGUCGUGUGCGCCAAGGGUCUCUUCCAGUUUUUUUUAUAUUCACCGCGCGGUCGCUUAGCUGGAGCUUCCUAGAUGCAAAAAACUCCCUGCCGCAGGCAAAUCCUGCUGCUUUCCUAGCCAGGAGGAGGAUGGGAACCUCGCUGGAGCGGGGCGACUGCGGGCAGCGAUGCUCGGUUGAGGUGUGGGAUCUGGGUGAUGCGAAGUGGGAUUCCUGCCCGAGCCCUCCCGUAGAAACACGUAGCCUUUACACUGAUAUAAGUCAAAGAGGUUAUGUAUUAGGAUAUAUAUAUAUGUGUAUAUAUAUGUUUCCCUUCAGUGAAGGAUUGUAGCAAUGGACUGAGCCUCUUGUGUUAGGUAUUUAUUAUAAAUUUCUGGUUUGUUUUGUACAGUAGCUGUCUGGAAAGGAGAGGACAAAACAUAAAGAAAAAAAAAAGAAAGAAACAAAUGAAAAAGACUCUCUGUGUUUUAACGUGCUGCUCCCACCUCCUCACUCCAAAACCUGCAGCGGGGUUGGAGAGAGGACAUCUCUGCUCGUUGUUUAACCACUGCAAUGUGUGAAUAGCGUCUCCCCUCCACCCUGGGGCACCCAGGUCAGGGUGUGAUUUCCAGCCGAGCUGUGUAAGUGUAACAAACCCAACCCAAAUCAGGCUUUGGACAUUUGAAGGGGGGGGAAUUAUAAUUUUCUGAGGUUUAGCCUUUUGUUUGUAUUUGGUUUUAACUUUGAAAACAGUCUGUUUGUGACUCUGCCUUUGCCCCUUCAAUAAAGG